CCGGACCUGCCCCGCAGCCGCUGCUACCUGCGUCGCCUGGAAGGGUCUGGUUUCCUCAUCCCAGGAGAAUGGAGGUCCUGCAACUUCUACGCCUGCUCCUCACCGCCUGCAUGCUGGGCCUCUCCCAGACAGUGAACCCGUUUGUGGCCCAGCAGACACUCCCGGACCCUUGCUACGACGAGAACGGAGCUGCACGCCGCUGCAUCCCUGAGUUUGUCAACGCCGCCUUUGGAAAGGAGGUGCAGGCCUCCAGCACGUGCGGGAAGCCUCCCACCCGGCACUGCAAUGCCUCGGAUCCCCGCAAAGCCCACCCGCCAGCCUACCUCACCGACCUCAACACCGCCUCCAACAUGACGUGCUGGCGCUCCGAGACCCUGCACCACUCGCCCCAGAACGUCACCCUCACCCUGUCCCUUGGCAAGAAGUUUGAGGUGGUCUACGUGAGUCUCCAGUUCUGCUCGCCCCGCCCUGAGUCCACCGCCAUCUUCAAGUCCAUGGAUUACGGCAAGACGUGGGUGCCUUACCAGUACUACUCCUCCCAGUGCCGCAAGAUCUACGGCAAGCCCAACAAAGCCACCGUCACCAAGCAGAACGAGCAGGAGGCCCUCUGCACCGAUGGCCUCACUGACCUCUACCCCCUCACGGGGGGCCUCAUCGCCUUCAGCACCCUUGAUGGGCGGCCCUCCGCCCAGGACUUUGACAACAGCCCCGUGCUGCAGGACUGGGUGACAGCCACGGACAUCCGCAUUAUUUUCAGCCGUCCCCAUCUCUUCCGUGACCUGGGGAGUCGUGACAAUGAGGAGGAGGAUGGAGGCACUGGCUCAUCACCCUACUACUACGCGGUGGGCGAGCUGCAGGUUGGCGGGCGCUGCAAGUGCAAUGGGCACGCCUCCCGCUGUGUGAAGGACAAGGAGCAAAAGCUGGUGUGCGACUGCAAGCACAACACGGAGGGCCCCGAGUGUGACCGCUGCAAACCCUUCCACUACGACCGCCCCUGGCAGCGGGCCAAUGCCAGGGAGGCCAAYGAGUGCCUUGCCUGCAACUGCAACCUGCACGCCCGGCGCUGCCGCUUCAACAUGGAGCUCUACAAGCUCUCGGGCAGGAAGAGYGGAGGGGUCUGCCUCAACUGCCGGCACAACACGGCGGGGCGCCACUGCCAUUACUGCAAGGAGGGCUUCUACCGAGACCUGAGCAAGGCCAUCGCCGAUCGCAAGGCCUGCAAAGCCUGCGACUGCCACCCCGUUGGAGCAGCUGGUAAAACCUGCAACCAGACCACAGGACAGUGCCCCUGCAAAGACGGCGUGACGGGCCUCACCUGCAACCGCUGUGCCAAGGGCUACCAGCAGAGCCGCUCGCCGGUAGCCCCCUGCAUCAAGAUCCCUGCCAUCAACCCAACCUCCCUCAUCACGAGCACGGAAGCACCUGCAGACUGUGACUCRUACUGCAAGCCAGCCAAAGGCAACUACAAGAUUAACAUGAAAAAGUACUGCAAGAAGGACUAUGUGGUCCAAGUGAACAUCUUAGAAAUGGAGACCGUGGCCAACUGGGCCAAGUUCACCAUCAACAUCCUGUCUGUCUACAAGUGCCGUGAUGAGCGGGUCAAGCGUGGUGACAACUUCCUGUGGAUCCACAUGAAAGACCUGUCCUGCAAGUGUCCCAAGAUCCAGAUCAGCAAGAAGUACUUGGUCAUGGGCAUCAGUGAAAACUCCACUGAUCGGCCAGGACUGAUGGCCGACAAGAACAGCCUGGUCAUUCAGUGGAGGGAUGCUUGGACUCGUCGCCUUCGGAAACUGCAGCGGCGGGAGAAGAAAGGGAAGUGCGUGAAACCAUGAGGAGUUUCACAGCUAAGCCCUCAGCCCUGCCUGUGCGCACUGCCUAGACUGCUCCCACAGACUCUGUAUAUAUACAUAGUACGAACGGACUCUUCUGUCUAUAGUGUAUAUUUUGGCAAUUAUUUUCCUUUUGUGUGUGUCUGCACGUGUGAGUGUGCGUGUGGGUCUUUUUUACCUUAAUGUGUAUUAAAAAUAACGCAGUAACGACAAACCUUUAAUAAGGAGCAAAGUGGAGAGAGAUCCUCUUGGUGCCUGUUGCCUGAAGGAGCUCAAGGAGGGUUGGUUUCCUGCUCCAGAUAUGCUGUUCAUAGCUCUCAUUUUCUAGUCUUUUUGUGCUCUUCAACAGUCUUUUUUUCYGCCCAGUGUUGAUGUCUGAGUUGACAGCUCUCCUUUUCCAGCAUCCAGGGCCUGCCUCUUCCAUACUCGCUGAAAGUGGGCUGUCAUUAGCUCUCUAUGGCCCUUUUUCUUGUCAAAUAGAAAUAUGAGGUCAAAUUCUUCUCUUCAUCCCAGUGUGYAUGUGGACCAGCUCAGUGGAAGCCAUCCAGUGCUGGAGCGAGAUCAGCCCCAGGAGCUCCACUAGGAAGARCCAAAUGAUCUUCUGCAAAACUUGAUUCACUUGGACCCUGUGCCCUAGCCUGGGGUAGAACCACUGUGCUGCUGAAGAAUCAUGGUGAGGAGUCAGGCCCUGGCAAUGAGCUGGUGACUACUGCUAAGCAGAGAUAAGUUCUCCAGGARGAAAGGGACAGAUGGCACAAUUCCCUUGCCUUUACCUGUCCUGAUAUGUGACCCACAUGGCUCAGCAGGAAAGACCUGGAGACCCCCUUUUUCCAUCUCCAUCUUCAUAAAGGCUGUAGUUGGCCCUACCAGUACCCAGGACCUGAGGYAGAGUGGAGAGGCUGACCUAGGCAAUCUUGUAUUAUCUUGCAUGUGUAUGCGCCUGUAUGCUCAGGUGGUAAUGACUAGCAUAAUUCCAAUGAUUUCUAUYGAGUUGAUACCCAGUGACUGUCUGGCUUGAUGUGCAUCACUCAGAGCUGGCCUGACUCCAUGCCUUCCUGGAAAGUAUUGCUGUGGCCAAGUGUGCCUUAGGAGGUAGGACACAAGGCAGAGUUGGCAGGAAGAGAGAGGAAUUUUUAUUGACCAGCCUGCAUGGACAUCUUUUAUUUCUUCUCAUAAUGUUUUAGCCUCCAGUUCAAACAGACAACAAAAGUAUCUUCCCGUUGAGGUAAUGACAGUCUUAGCAUAAUAAAUACGAGUAGAAAUAAGAGUUUAUAUGAUAAAAGAUAGUCCUUCCCCUACAAACUUGCUUCAGAAACAUCAAAUGGCUUGGUGAGCUAUCUUGGCCUACUUUACAAUCAUUACAUUUCGUUAGCAUGAUGACUUUGCCCUGUGAGCCAGUGACAGCCUCCUCAUCCCAUGGGUGGCCUGGUGCUUCUAGGCCCAGGCUAGGUGGGCCUACCAUCCCCCAGGUAGGGGUAGGUAGUGCUGUGGCCUGCAGUGAAGAGAAUGCCAGAGUACUGUGGUCAUUCAGGACUGA